AUGUAUGUGAAAUGCUGUGAUACAGGAAUGUAAUACUAUCAGAUUUUAGUGUAUUCAGUGAAUGUCAAAUUUUUUAAUUUUUGAAAUUCUCACCGGUUCCGUCCCGACGCUUGCAAGGACUGGAACCCGGAAGACGGAUGCUGGCAUCAGCUGGAGGACAUGGCCGGGGAUGCUGCAGGGGGGACAUCGCAGGAGCGCAGGACAAGGUAAGUGCUGGAGGGAUCCCGGAGCAACGCUGCAGGGUAAUCUCGAGUGUCGCUCGGGGUUACCGCUUCUGGUACUAAAAGUUAACCCCAAGCUACACUCGGGAAUACCGCCAGGGGGGUUAAUAAUA